CAAGUGCGGCUCUAGUUAUAAAUGUAAGCACUUGACCAGCUCGUUCAUUCCGUCAUUAUAGAGUGAAACGCUGAUUAUGUAUCAUCCUUUCUCAUCGCCGCAGCUAUACGGAAAUCACAAGCCUUGACAUGUGCCUAUAUGGGCGUCAGCAUCAGCCCAGACGUCCCUUCAUCCCCGGCGACCAGUGGCGGUGUCAGCUCGGCGACAGGAACCGUUGAUGCGGCGACGGAGGCGACGUCGAACACGUCUGCUGGAUCUGGAAGCUCUACUUCUGGAUCUGGCAGCUCGAACUCAGCUUCUGGUGGCUCACCUUCGGGGUCGAGUGAUAAAAACGGACUUAGUCCGGCCGAGCUUGCUGGCAUCAUCAUCGGCGCGGUAGGCUCCGUCGCAGGAGUAGCGGCGGUAUGGGUUGGAAUCAAACAACUGAAGAACAAGCGACACGGACGCGAUGCCUCGGAGGCGGCUCAAGGGUUCCUCAGCGAGAACCAGCCGCGCAACACGAUACAUAUCGCCCCUACCUUCAACAUGCCGACGACACCGCAGUACAACCCCAUACCGCCGCCCUACCAUAGUGGCUAUAUCUAUGGCCGGUCGGCAUGAGUUUGAUGACAUCGAGUCAGGGCCUCGUCGCGACGAGCGCCGGGUUAUUGCUUGCUAUAGUACGUGACUGCGGAAUAGGAUCUGAAAUUCCAAAUCAGACGAAUAUAAUGGUCCUUGAAAUCUCAGGGGAUGGUCUGGUGUCUCUUCCUGCAGCGCUAAAUACCACUGGUGCAGAAGGGACUCCUUCUGGUUUGGCUGUGAGGUGAGCUCAGCAUGCGGUCGGUCCUAGAGGCGGAAGUUAUGCUGUAAACAAACAGUACCUAACGUGCAUUAUAAGCGAGCCGAACAUAUAAGCGAG